GUCAUUACCAGGAACUUCCCUUUUUAAAAACGUAUAUAGAUUGAUUUUAUAAUUAGUCAGAUCCUCAGAGUGGGAACUGCUCUGAUGUCUGGCAAUGUAAGCUCGUUAUUUCGCUAAAUCAUGCUUCCCUUUCUCGGCAGCCAAACAGAGCUGCGUGAUUGCGAAAGCUUGUCCAAAUUAUCUCCCGUUGGUCCGGCAAGUUAUUUUUAUUUUUUUACCCACCUUUCUUCCACAGAACAGUGAACCGUUCUGUUCAUCACGUAUGUCUUUACUUUAUACAUGUAUGAACGGUAGGAAUUAGAAGCAAAACCCUCCCUUUCAGCAACUGAUUCCAUUUUUAGUCAUGUUGUGACCUAGAUGGUGUUACAAACCUGAACCAAAUGACGUACAAUUGACCAACCCGGAAGUAACAGUUCUUGCACUUUCAGCCUGAAACUGCCUUUUAUUGAAGAUUACUUCCCGUUUUAACAAACUACGCUUUUUUCUCCGCCUCUCGGCAAGACUGGGAAUCAACAAAUAAAGAAGCAAAGGUUGUAGAUGGCAGUUCAUACUUGGGGCAGCGUUCUGGUACCUUGCUGAAGUAGGCAAGUUGUGACUGGAUGCAGUUGACAUUAUUUGCAACCAACUCAUAACUGUACUCUUCCCUCUUGGUUUGCUGACAUGGGUAAUCUGAUUAAGGUGCUAACCAGGGACAUAGACCACAAUGCUUCACAUUUUUUCUUGGAUUUUGAAAACGCACAGCCCACGGAAGCUGAAAGAGAAAUAUUUAAUCAGGUGAAUGUAGUGUUAAAGGAUGCAGAAGGAAUCCUGAAUGAUCUACAAUCGUACAGAGGGGCAGGACAUGAAAUAAGAGAGGCAAUACAACAUCCAAAUGACGAAAAUUUACAAGAAAAAGCAUGGAGUGCAGUAUGUCCACUAGUAGGAAAACUAAAGAAGUUCUAUGAGUUCUCCCAGAGAUUGGAAGCAGCUUUGCAUGGCUUGUUGGGAGCACUGACUAGCACGCCAUAUAGUCCCACACAGCACCUUGAGCGAGAGCAGGCUCUUGCCAAGCAAUUUGCAGAGAUCCUUCAUUUCACUCUACGAUUUGAUGAACUUAAGAUGACAAAUCCUGCUAUUCAGAAUGACUUCAGCUACUACAGGAGAACCUUAAGUCGUAUGAGGAUUAAUAAUGUCCCAGCAGAAGGAGAAAAUGAGGUAAAUAAUGAAUUGGCCAAUAGAAUGUCCCUGUUUUAUGCUGAAGCAACUCCAAUGCUGAAAACCUUGAGUGAUGCCACAACUAAGUUUGUUUCAGAUAACAAGUCUCUACCCAUAGAAAACACCACUGACUGCUUAAGCACUAUGGCGAGUGUAUGCAGAGUUAUGCUGGAGACGCCGGAAUACAGAAGCAGAUUUGCAAGUGAAGAGACGGUAUCAUUUUGUCUGAGGGUGAUGGUGGGUGUCAUCAUUCUUUAUGACCACGUGCAUCCAGUUGGGGCAUUUGCCAAAACAUCUAAAAUUGAUAUGAAAGGAUGCAUAAAGGUCCUAAAGGAUCAGCCUCCAAAUAGUGUAGAAGGCCUUCUGAAUGCUCUCAGGUACACCACCAAACAUUUGAAUGAUGAGACUACCUCCAAACAAAUUAAGACAAUGUUGCAGUAAAGCAUAGCAACAAACUGGCUACAGAAAACAGUAUUCUGCAAUGAUUGAGAUGCACAGAUAUGUUUUUAAUGUUUAAAGAAUGCAACUGCUUUUUCUUUGUUUUUUUAAAAUGUGUUCCUGCUCUUUAAAAAUUGCUAAAGUUAUUUUCUGUGCCAAAUUCUCUAAAAGGACAUAAACAGUGGAAAAAGUGUUUACUUUGUUUUGCGUUUGAUUGAAUGGAUGGUCAUGGAGCACAUUGGCAGCUACUAUUCCAAGUUGGGUGUCUUUGUAUGUGUAAGGAAAUUAAGUAACUUGGCCAAAAUGACAAAGAAAAUCUCUGUUCUGUUUCUACUGAUUAAUAUUUAAUACAGCUUCUGCAUGACAAGGUCUUUUCAUGCUAUGUAAAACAUCACGAAUGGUCAUUUCCUAUCGCAGCUUCAUCAUGUGCAGCCAUUAAAAAUGAAAGAGAUGUUAAAUUAACUAUAUAUGUUUUAUUGUACAAAAAGGUACCUAGCACAACAGACUACAAAUUAUAGUACAAGUCUGUUUUGUUAAUACUUAAGUUUGCAUUGACUCAUUUUGUACGAGUGUAAGUUUAACAUUCAUUAAACUAACUUUAAACUGUGAUGUGUGCGUAACAGAUGCGUAUGCAUGGACAUGUAAAAUGGACAGCUAUUAGUCAAAUAAAAUGAGCUUUUGUUUUUCUAAAA